UGAACAAACGUGUCACCAAAGAGCCCGGAUGCUGUCAUUCGCCAUGUUCAUGAACAUGGACAAAUUUAAAUGGAACACUUGCAAUGAUUAAAUUGAUGGUUAGAGAUAGUAGCUCUGAAAACUUUCUACAUAACAUUAACGCAAGAUUUUGAACUUUAACACAGACCAAAUCAAUGAGAGUUCUUGAGAAAGAAGUGGUAUCCUCCUACAGUAUGGGAAAGAAGAAUAAGCACAAGCUUAGGAAAAGCAAAGAGAACGAGAAUUCUGACUCCUCAGAAGAAGUUUCGGGUAAAGGAUGUGUUCAUGUGAACAAGGCUAUAAACUUCAGUACGAUGAAGAAAGGCCUUGGCAAACAGGUUUUUGGAGAAUGUGCUGGCUGUGCAAAAGACGCAUCCAAAAAGGAACCAAAGACAUUGAUGGAUCACUUAGAAGGUGCUACAAGCAGUGACUUCAUAGAAGAGGUGGAGCAAACUUUGUGGGUGUGUCUUCAGUGUGGUAAUCAGGGUUGUGGAAGAACUAGUCCAGAGAAACAUGCCAUGAAACAUUACGAGACUCCGAGAUCUUCCCAGCAUAAUAUAGUAAUAAAUAUGACCACAUGGACAGCCUGGUGUUAUGAUUGUGAUGAUGAGCUCUUACCAGAGAAAUACAAAAAGGUUGCAGAGUGUAUGGAACACAUAAAAAAACUUGCUUGUGCACCUUCAGCAGAAACAAGUCUAGGAAGGAACAGUAAUGGUGGCCCCUCCACGGUAACAGAUUCUGUACUAAACAAAGGGCGUCCUCUCUCAGGUAAAGGGGCUGCAGCAGGAUGUCAGAAGGUCAAGGGAUUGAGUAACCUUGGUAACACUUGUUUCUUCAAUGCUGUCAUGCAGAACUUGGUCCAGACAUACAGCCUGGAGAACUUGCUGGGUGAGAGGAAGAAAGGUCAUCCACUAAAGUUACAGGGUAAUCUAUUUAUAGAUCCUGAGUCAUGUAGCUCCAGUGAUGAAGGUGAUGAUAGGAACCAGAAAAAUACAUUGAAAGAUCUGCCUUCUAUAGAGGUGAGUAUAAGUGACCCGGGUCCCCUGACCCAUGCUCUGGUCGUGUUUCUACAUGAUAUCAACACAACUUCAAGGUCAGGAUGCAUCAAUCCCAGUGCACUCUUUGGACAAGUGUGCAAAAAAGCACCUCGAUUUAAAGGGAUGCAGCAACAAGACAGUCAUGAAUUACUGAGGUACCUCAUGGAUAACAUGAAAACAGAAGAAAUAAAGAGAGGACAGACUGGAAUUUUGAAAUAUUUUAAACUAACGGAGAACACAAACCCAAAAAAGGUGGAUGAAGAUGUUCGACUCAGUGUUAAAGCAUACGGACAUCAGAUCAAGCAUACGUUUGUGGAGUGUUUGUUUGGAGGCCAGCUGAUCAGUACUGUAGUAUGUGAGGAAUGUAAAUAUAUAUCCCAAAUUUUAGAGCCUUUCUUAGAUCUUUCAUUGCCAGUCACAGAGGAGAAGCCGCAGCGGCCAAACCAACUUCAUGGUGCUAGAAAAAAGGAAUCAAGUACGGACUUGAAGGAAGACACUACUGCAGUUAAAGGUAUAGAAGGUUUUGCUGUAAAAGAUGAUAAAAUGUCCAAACAUCAGUCAAAGAAACAGAAGAAAAGGCAGAAAAGAGAUGCUAGGCGUCAUGGAAAGAAUAAAGGUAAUGUUGAUGAAGGAGAGAAAGACGAAGAGGAUCAUGAAGACAAAGAAGAAGAAACUGAGGAGAAAGGAGAGGGAGAGACAGAGAAAAACACUGAACAGGAGGAAAAAUAUGACGCUUCAGAUGCUGAUGUUGAGGAUAACUUAGAGAGUGAUACAUCUAGAUGUUACAACAAAACACUCAGUGACAGUGUUGUUGGUAGUCUAGAUGAUACUAUAGUCGAGUCAGCCAAGGAGAGACCAACCAUUAGUCAGGAAAUGGACAUCUCUGCAUAUAGACUGGAUACCACUGCCAAUAACACCAGCUUUGAAGUGGAAACAAAAAUUGAGAACUGUUCUAAGUCACAUGAUCAGUCAUUGAACAGCAGUCAUUCUUUACAAGCUUCUGGAUUGAAUAAUUCAAAAUUGAAUGGACCAGUGAAUGCAGUUGUUACAAAUGGUUGUGAUAAUGAAGAUGUAAAUGUUAGUUAUACUUUAACAAAUGGUUGUCUUGAAGAAAAUGAUGCUCAGCCGAAAUUAGAAAAGGAGGAGAAUGAUGUUAAUGCUAGUUUUACUUUUAUGUGCGGUAGGGCAACAAAUGGAAUAUGCAAUGGUGAUAUAAACACAGAAACUUAUAACUCUAAGGAAACACUAGUCAAUGGUAAUAGUAAAGAAAAUAUUAAAAAAUCUGAAACUGACACUAAAACUACACAUCAAACAAAUAGUGAAAUAGCUACUGAAGUUAAUAUAGAAAAUAAAGACAUAGAAAAUGAAGAAGUUAGAUGUAAAUCGGACAAAUCUGUGAGUGAUUUGACUUCAAGUGUAAGCACUCUGAGUAUAGGAGAUGUUUCUAGUAGCUUACCAAGUGAUCUAAGCCAAAUGACUCUCAAGGAUGCAACCGAGGAUGACAAAGAAAAUAGAAAACAGAAAGUAGAAACUCCAUCUUCAGAUAGUAAGGUUUUAUCAGUAAACACAGACAAUGCAAAUAGUGGAGAACAGACUGCUGUUAAUGGUGAUAUACAUGGCAACAUGCAGUAUAAGUAUGUAGUAAGUUUAUCUCCAACUUCCAAGCACAACAAAUUGAAAGAAAUCCAGAAAGAAGGACAGAGGAAGUCAAUUAAUACCCUGGCAGAAAGGUAUCAUCCAACAUCAGGUGAAUGUUCAGUAGAGUCGUGCCUGAACCAGUUUACUGCAGCAGAACUUCUUACUGGAAACAACAAGUUUGGGUGUAAAAACUGCACUAAACUGAAAUAUAAAAAUAACCCCAAUAAAGAGAAGAAAGAGACAGUGUACUCAAAUGCCAACAAGCAGUAUUUGGUCUUCCAGCCACCAGCAGUUCUAACACUACAUCUUAAACGAUUUGAACAGGUUGGAUUUAGCUCAAGAAAAGUAAAUCGUCAUGUAGAUUUUCCAUUUGUAUUGGACAUUGCUCCAUACUGCAGCUCUCUUACACAGGGUAUAAAGCGAGGACAGAAGAAGAUCUUGUACUCACUGUAUGGUGUAGUUGAACACAGUGGCCGGCUUACGUCUGGCCAUUACACGGCCUACGUCAAAGUACGACCUAACAUCGGAACUCUAAACAAUUUCCUUAACAAACACAAUGUGACAUUGAAAGAAUAUCUACACACAUACGCUCAGCAUGUUGUGAAUGGCGACCACCUUGUUGAGGAUUCUGGUGACGACAUCAACUUGGAGGGGCUGGUUCCCCCAGGACGCUGGUAUCAUAUCAGUGACUCGCGUGUGAACGAAGUAACAGAAGCAUCGGUAGAAAGAGCCCAGGCCUACAUUCUGUUCUAUGAAAGGAUUUACUAAAAUAUAAAACUUUACCAUCAGAAAACUCUCUUCCUUGAUACUAAACAUUCUUGUAAACAUCUUAAAAUUGAUAGAAAAUCAUUUCUCAAAAUAUUCCUCUGAAAAUUGUUAACUUGUGCUUCCCUUUAAGAUAUUGUUUUGGAAAAUUCUUGGGAGUAGUCUGAAAUGAUAACUGUUUCCGUGUUUUGGGGGGGUUUUUUAAUAACUUUUUAUUACAUUUUCUAUGAUAAAUACCAUUUCUUUUCCAGUUUAAUGGGAAGUGUUUGAAGUUGGAUAGUAUGAAUGGUGUUUGAAGUCUUAAGCUAACAAAAUCUCUCCAAGCUAAGACACAAAGGUGGAACUGUUUUAUGUGCAAACAGAAAACACCUAUAGAUAAAGAAUUGAGAUAGUAGCAUUUCGUGCACUGGCAGUUUUUUGCACGGAUAUUUCAUAGGAAAAAGGUAGUAAAUGGUCAAAGUUUGAAUACAUGAUGUUUGUUAUAGGAUUUUGUAAUUUUUUUCUGGGGCUUGCAUUUUACAGCAUUCUAAUGUUGUAAAUCUUUACUUGAAUUUUCACUUGUUUUUUUUUUUAUUCAUUAUCUACAUGUAUUUUCAAGUAUUUUUAGGAUCAUGUAGAAACAUGGCAGGAUUGUUCAUUUUAACAACUAUUUGAAUUCUCAUCAAAUUUCAGUGGUUAGCUAAUUUUAAGUGAAGUAGAAAAUAGAACAACAUUUUAAUAUGGCCCAAUUUUAAGCAGCAGAAUUGAAUAAGAAGGUCUUUGAUAAAUUUAUUUAUUUGCUUUGGAUAGUCUAAUUUAGAAUAGGGGGUGUAGAUUAGGGACCAUAGUUAUAUGACGAUGUUUUUUAAAUUAGAGGUUUUGAAACUUGCAGCAGUUAUGAAUAUCGGCUUCUGUGCAACAAAGUAAAACUAAACAAAAGAGUAUUUUUGUUUGACAUCAGAUUCUCUUUUGUAGAUUUUUAUGUGAUAGAAAAAUCUGAUCUCCCAAUAUGGCUGCAGAACAUUAGAGAUGGCUUGUAAAGUAACCAUUCAUCAGUGCAAUAAACACAUUUACAGGUUUGUUUCAUACAAGUUUGCAAAUUUUGAUUCCAUACCUCAUGUUUUUAUUUGAUGUAAAUGAGAUGUGGAACCAAAAUUUGUAGUCCUGUUUGGCGCCAUAUAACCUAUACUGUGUUUGUGCGCCAUAAAACCCAAAUAAAUAAAUAAAUAAAUUGUUCCAUACAAGUGCCAAAUGGAGGUUAUAGUCACCUUCUCUAAUCUCUAUUGAUACGAGCAGACAAUCUCAUGUCUUAGAAUGUUUAUAAGACCUGUAAACCUCUCAGGAAGGAACAAAUUUACCUCUAGUGCUAUCAUACAUACUGUAACUGAACAGCUUGUUUCUAGGCUAGACACACAUUGUCAUAGAUUCUUGAUGGGAAAGACUCGCCUUUAGGCUAGACACAUGUUGUUUUAGAUUCUUGAAAGACUUGCCUCUAGGCUAGACACACAUUGUCAUAGAUUCUUGAAAGACUUGCCUCUAGGCUAGACACACAUUGUCACAGAUCCUUGAAAGACUUGCCUCUAGGCUAGACACACAUUGUCAUAGAUUCUUGAAAGACUUGCCUCUAGGCUAGACACAUGGUGUCUUAGACUUUGAACAAUUUGAUCUAGGCUAGGCACAUGUUGUUGUGGUAUAUUCUACAGCUUUUCUCAUAAGCUCAGGAUAUUUUUUAUGAAAAUCAAAUUGUUUCGUUUGAAAGGCAUUGAUGUAAAGAGGAUUUUUAGUUUCAAAGUUAAAUUGUUGCUGUUUAGCUGAAUCCAGAAAGACUAUGUAGUGUUGUAGACAGUAAUGUACAGUGUGUGGGUUUUGGUACAGUAUUUGCAUUAUCAUAAAGGUUACAAUGAUUAAGUAGUGUUAAGUCUUGUUGAGGGAGUUACUAUCUAUAGUAAAAACAUUGAUACUGGAAUUGCUAGAUCUUAGUUACUCUGACACCUCUAGUAACUACAGUAAUUCCUUACAUGUCAGGAGUUUUAGCCUGUGCAACACAGGCCCUUCCCCAGCCGCAUAAGGCGCCGCGCUACCGCGGUGCUUAAAACACGAAAUACAGCUUCCCGCAGCGCUUAAAUAUCCCGCGCGGUGCCUCAAUUAUUAGCGCGGCGUCUUAAAUCAGUAAGCGAUUUCAUCCCCGUGAGAUACCUCAUGUGUAGUGUAUAUGUAAUUUCCCUGUUGACAUGCCUCGACGAUUUUUUGAUCAGCAAAUUACGUCACGGCGAGUGCACACAGGUAAUGAGAAUCAAUGAAGGGUUAAAACUAAUUAAUAAAUAUUAUGGAUCCUGUGAAAUGUCAAAAAGGGGUGCGUAAGCGGCCAGCUGAUUACCAAGCACGUGAAAAGUGCCCUAGAUUUCUUUGUGCAAAAUUUAAAUUAGACCGUUGUUUAGUAUAAUAACAAGUAUAUAUCAAUGCAGUUUGAUUCUACUGUAAUUUAAACUAGAAAAUGCACAAAUUUUAAUGAAUAUCGAAAGUAAAAGUACGUUUAGAAUGUCCGUUCACGAGUCUUAUUACUCCCGAUGUCGUAUGCAAUUUUUCCAUAUUUCCUUCAAAAAAAGCUGAUAGUCGGUGUAUUUUUUAAGGAUGAGAAACAUCAAAAUUUGAGGAACUAUCUCUGGUUUACCCUAGUAGGUCAUGU